AUGGCAAGUGCUUCAUCGGCCACGCCGGCUGGAGAUCAAGAGGACAGGCCACUCCAGCAACCCAGCUCUCAGACACAAACCAACCAGACAUCGGCCCCCACAGAGUCAGAGUCCUUCUCACAGUCUGCAGCGGAAGAGGCGCCAGAGACGUACGAGGCCACCCACGUUCACGCAGUCUACGAAGCCAUCGCACCGCACUUCUCAGCCACCCGCCAUAAGCCUUGGCCUCGGGUUGCCAGCUUCUUGCUAUCUCAACCGCCCGGCAGUCUCGGUCUCGAUGUGGGAUGCGGCAACGGCAAGUAUCUACGUGUCAACCCGUCUGUCCACCUGCUUGGCUCCGACCGGAGUCCAGCUCUCGUCCAGCUCGCCCGGACUGAGCUGAGACGGCCUCGGGAAGACGGUGUCGAGCAUGAUCCUAGAGUAUCUGAUGUAGAUGUGGCUGUCGCCGAUGGCUUCGCACUUCCUUAUCGCAAGGGAGCCGCUGACUUUGUUAUCUGCAUCGCUGUCGUGCACCAUAUGUCGACACGCGAGAGAAGACAAGCCGCCAUUGCUGAGUUACUGACACUCGUAACUCCCAAAGCCGGCCGUGUGCUCGUCUAUGUGUGGGCUCUAGAGCAGGCGUCGAGCCGUCGCGGGUGGGACGCGAGCAGUGACCAGGAUCGCCUUGUGUCGUGGGUGAUGCGGAAGCCAAAAGGUCAAGAACCCGGAGGCACGUUCCAGCGCUAUUACCACCUGUACAAGGAGGGUGAGCUCGAGGAGGAUGUCAAGGCGGCUGGGGGCAUCGUUGUAGAGACCGGCUACGAGAAGGAUAACUGGUGGGUGGUAUGUAGUCGACCGUCGUGA